AUGAGCUCGACAUUCAAAGUCAUCCUUGUUGGCGGAGGGCCAGUUGGACUUGCAGCAGCCCACGCUCUUACUCGGGCAAACAUUGAUUUUGUCUGUCUCGAAAGUCGGCCGACUAUUGCAAUAGACGCUGGUGCUAGCCUCGUUUUAUCACCAAUGGGUCUGCGCGUGCUCGGACAACUAGGUCUUCUUCCAGCCCUGAACCAAGUCAGCACUCCGAUCAAGGCCAUUUCCCGUUGCGAUCACAAGGGGAACGACCUGGGAACUUCCAAUAUUUUUGAACACCUCAAGAACAAUCAUGGUGAAUAUCCCAGAGUGAUUAGCCGGCAUGAUUUGACAAAACUCUUGUACGAUACACUUCCAGUGGAGCGCCAGGAACGCAUGCUGCCAAACAAAAAAGUGUCAAACAUCACCUCGACAUCGACUGGAGUGACGGUCAAUUGCGCUGAUGGUACUUGCUUCGAGGGCAGCAUCAUAAUCGGUGCAGACGGUGCUCAUAGUCAAGUCCGCCAACAGAUGCGAAGACUAGCAAUGCGCUCAUCAAACGGAGACGGUUCAUCGGUUAAUGCAGAGAACCCGUUUCUCACAACAUUUCGAGCUCUGUGGAUGAGAUUCCCCACCAACAUUGGACUUACCCCGGGACAGGCCCACGAGACGCACGGCGACAGCCUGGGCAUCCAGCUCUUUGCUGGUGAAGAUACCGCUGUGAUGGGCAUGUAUGAACGCCUGCCUCGGCCAACACAAGAGCGCCAUCGGUACAGCCAAGAGGACGAGGAAGCACUGAUGGACAAAUGGGGACACCUGCCUCUCACGGAUGGCCUGACUGUGCGCGAUGCCUACAACGCCAAGCUGUACACUGGCUUUGUUGACCUCGAAGAAGGUGUCGUGGAUCACUGGAGCUGGGACCGCAUCGUCCUCGCUGGCGACGCGGCGCACAAGUUCACCCCGAGCACUGGCUCCGGAUGCAACAAUGGUAUUGCCGACGUAGUUGUAUUGGUCAAUGAGUUGCACAAGAUUAUCAGCUCGCCCACAGCUGAGUCUGCCGAGCAACGCCACGAUCAAGUACCCUCCACUGCGCAGCUCACCGCCGCCUUCAAGGCGUACCAGGAAGCUAGACACGAGAACGUGGCGGCGGGAUGUCAGCAGUCUGGAAAUGCCACUGCCAUGGCCACCUGGCAAAACACCAUUCUCAAGAUUGUCGACAAGUAUGUCAUGCCAAACCAGACGGUCCAAAGAUAUUUCAUGAGCAAGGGCGCUAUUACUUUUUCAAAGUCACCCGUCUUUGACUUUGUAUAUGGCCCCGAGCCAUUGCAAGGUGCAGUCCCAUGGGUUCAGCCUAUACUUGCCAGCAAGGAAAUUUCCAUCUGA